CCAUUUUGCUUCUCGGGUUAACGGUUCGUGCGGUCGGUGUCCGGGAUCCCGAGACCGAGACCGGCACCAGACAUGGCGGAUUUCGACAACAACCCGUUCGUAGACCCGGACCUCAACAACCCCUUUAAGGAUCCUUCGGUUACACAAGUGACAAGAAAUGUUCCUCCCGCAUUAGAAGAAUAUAAUCCGUUCUCUGAUUCUAAAACCGCUCCACCACCAAAAGUUAAAAUGCCGACGGCAGCACCCAGUACCCAGCCAGCAAUAAUGAAACCCACAGAGGAAUCCCCAGCGUACAAUCAGAUUGCAAAGGUACACAGCUUUCCCCAGGAGCACGCGUUGGCCCAGGCCGAACUCCUGAAACGCCAGGAAGAGCUUGAGAGAAAAGCUGCAGAGCUUGAUCGCAGGGAACGUGAAAUUCAGAGCCUCAACCAAUCAGGAGGAAGGAAAAAUAAUUGGCCGCCUCUCCCGAGUAAUCUUCCUGUUGGACCGUGUUUCUAUCAAGAUUUUUCAGUAGACAUCCCUAUCGAAUUUCAGAAGACUGUAAAGAUUAUGUACUACCUAUGGAUGUUUCAUACGGUCACUCUCUUUGUAAAUGUCUUUGGCUGUCUGGCCUGGUUCUUUGUGGACUCGUCUCGAGGAGUUGAUUUUGGAUUAGCUAUCCUGUGGUUCUUGCUUUUCACACCAUGUUCCUUUGUUUGCUGGUACCGACCACUCUACGGCGCCUUCAGGAGCGACAGUUCAUUCCGGUUCUUUGUAUUCUUCUUUGUGUAUAUCUGUCAGUUUGCUGUGCACGUCCUACAGGCGGCAGGCUUUCAGGGAUGGGGAAACUGUGGAUGGAUUUCUGCACUAACUGGACUCAACAAAAAUAUCCCAAUUGGAAUAAUGAUGAUCAUAAUAGCAGCCCUCUUCACAGCCUCUGCUGUAAUAUCACUAGUGAUGUUCAAAAAGGUGCACGGACUAUACCGGACAACAGGGGCCAGUUUUGAAAAAGCGCAGCAAGAGUUUGCUACAGGUGUGAUGUCUAACAAGACGGUGCAGACUGCAGCAGCAAACGCAGCCACUUCAGCAGCAAGCAGUGCGGCUCAAAAUGCCUUUAAGGCUAACCAGAUGUAAGAAAAGCCGUCUGGAAGCUACCAUGACCACUGUCAACACACGACAUCCAGUCUUUCUCCCUUCCCCUCAGCCAUUUUUUUAUAAAAACCCACUGAAGACUAAAUUGCACUCGCCUUGUGUAUUUGCUCUAUUCAGCCCAAUUAGUGCCAGUGGGGACUGGAAUGCAUCGUGGUUCUAUAAGAGGUUCUGCAGCACAUAAUGUGCAUGGGCAAAAUCAGCAGUGCUGUUUCCCUUUCCCUCGCCUCACCCACUCCUUCAGAAUGCCCCCAGCCUCCUAUUAUUUAAAUAACCCUCAUGGAUAAAUGUAUUAAUGAGUAUGAAGUAGCUGGAUCUGGGUAGUUGGAAUCCUGAAAGUAUUGCGUGUAUUAUUGUUUUGUUUUGUUUUAGGUUUUUUUAAUUUUGUUUUGUUUUAGGCGUAGUAGCAUUCACAGUUUAUCAGUACACAGUUUAUUUUAAGUACAUAAUUAUAGCCAAUCAGAUUUUGCACGACAUUUGACUUUCAGUUAGCAACACUGUUUAAAAGCAAGAAUACAAAUCAUUGCUAUGAUCCUACAGUUUAAAUUAUUGUGGCUUUUACUUUUAUAUUAACUCAAUUUUAGUGACAUUUCCUGAAAACUCAUUUCAGCAUACAAGUGUGAAUUGUGUAUUGUAGCAGGCCUCUUCACAAUGAUAUAUAUAUAUAAUGUAUAUUUUUUUUUAGACUUCCUUGAAUAAUGUCGGUACACACAUUCUGAUGUAGAAUGUUUAAUGCAAUGUACAGUUAAUUUAGGCAAAUUGAAAGGGACGUGUCUUUGUAGUGUAUGUGCAGAACAUUUUCUUAGCUGUUGUAAAACCUCCUGUUUGCAGUUUCGUUAUUUUAUGUUGUGCAGUUUUGGUUUCAUUUUAUAAGCUGAUUUUAUGUAGAUCGCUUCCCCCAUUAUAGCCCACGUCUGUUCAUUGAAGUGAAUUCAUUUUAGGUGCAUGAAUUAAUAAAUACAGCAGCCAUUAAAUUAAGCAUAGUGCAGGAAAAACAUUUGUGACACUUACAAAAAACGGGUAUCUAUACAAUCUAUAUAUAUAUAUAUACACAAUCGUUCUGUGCAGCUAGAAUUAUCUGUCUAUAUGGGUAACCCAGGAUUUGUAUAUUAAACAAAAAGGAAAACAUAAACCUAUUUUAUUUUUUUGUUUAUUAUUAAUCUACAAUCUAGUUAGCGCAUUCUCUUUACACGUCAUCUGAAAAAUGAGAAAUCUGUUAUAAAUAAUGUAUAUAAUAUUGGAUAUAGAACUCCAACAGCACUCUAAAGGGACAGGUUUAACCUCCGUACUGUACUAUGUAUUUAUUGAAGUUCAUAUUUAAAAUACCACUUGCAUUCUGUAAAGCAAAAGCCUUUUAUUUCUUGUAUACGGCUCUCCUGUCCUUAACCAGUAAGGCUGUCAAGGCUGAAUAUGAGCGAAUAUGGCUAGGUCAUUCAGCCUCCAUAAACAGUUUUGUUCUGACUGCCGGGAUGUGUAAUGUUUGAGGGAAAACUUGGCACAAAAAUAUAAAUGGACCUUUACUUUAGAGCAGAACUGUCACUUAUUUGAUUUUGACACGACUCUGUAGCUAAGAUACGUUAGCCGUGUUGUUGGCUAUUUUGUUUUCACUCUGUGUCUGGCUGUUCUGACACAACCAUGGCAUAUUAUGUGAAAUAGGUUGACCCCCUAAAUUGCUGUGUGUGUGCUCAUGGCUCUUUUGGAGAAAUUACACAGCGUACACACAUGGUCAAUCAAAAUUUUUUCUGCAAACACCCAAGCACACAUGAUCGCAUCCAGAACAUUAUGGGGCUGCUAUGUCACCACAUGUAUGGAAGUGCUGAGGGGGUAAGUACAUUUUAUAUUUACCUCCACUGCAUUAGAUAAGUGGCAGUUCUGCGUUAGGUAUGUAGUGUGAAUAUGCCCUCACAAUAAUUCUUGCUGCACAAAACGGUUUGUUAAUGACAUGAUUUUGUCACAGGAGUGAAGACAUUGCAUACCUUAUUAGUGAUCUACUCUAAUUUUUAUAAAUAUGUGAUUGGAAGAUCAUAUAUUUCCAGGUUUAUUUGCUAAAAUGAGAAUUAAAUAGGAAUUUAUCAUUUGAGCCAGAGUAUCCAGUUCGACUAUUUUGGCAUAAAAGCGCCUCUGUCACCCGCUGGGGUCUUUGUAUAUUUUGGUUAGCGUGGUGUGCGGUCUUCAUGUGUGCGGAGCCUACAUCCGUGUUAUAUUCUUACACAUGUACAACACUACUGUUUAUGGAGUAUCCUGUAGGACUGCGAGAACCUCCACAGAUUUCAUCUCGUAAUGAGCGCAACAUUGCUGUAUUCCUGCAGCCGUUACUUGAGACUGCUGAGGGAAAGGGUCGAGGAUUGAUGGCAGUAGCUCUGCAUUUUGUCGAUUUGAGAAUUUAACAAAAGACAGAGUCCAUACUUUGACUUACUUGGAAUUUCAAUGAAAUUACAACACAGUCUUUAUAAGCAUUUCGUAAAGAUUUUAUUGUUAUGAAAUGCUCGGUUUUGGGUGGGGAUGGUGGGGAUUUAGUAAAUAUACAUUUUUUUUUUUUAUCAUACAUUCUCUUGACAAUUCAAGUGUCCAUUCAUUUUUAUUUAAAGGAACAAACAAUUGGACAUGAAUUGUUUAAUUUUAUUAUUCUUUGUUUUCUUUCUACAUGUAAAUGUGAAGCCUAUGAGCAUUGAUCUAAAUGCAGUAUUGAAUAUGGCUGAAUUCAAAGAUAAGAUUAGAUGAAGUGAUGCAAUGUUUUAACAGACUGGAAGUGGUUGUCAUCUAGAAAGCAGUUUUAAAUGAAAUAUGGUUGCCUGCCAGGUUUUCAUUCAUAAAGGAAGAACGAUUAAUCAAACUUUGCUGCUCACGAGUCCAUCGGUCCAGACUGUGGGGCAGGACUUCACUAACUUCACACUGCGAGCUAGCAAGAGCAAUGGUCACCGAGGAGAGUCAUUAAAGAGGCAAUUGCUUGGAAUUCAAAGUUCAUUUCAAUUUUUAGAUGAAAAUAUCAAAAGUUGAAACAUAUUUUUUUCCCCCUCCAAUUCUGCUUAAUUAGCCUUAUUUUAGUAAUUUAUUGUAAUUAUCAAUAGUUGGUAGUUUAGUGAUUAACCUGACACGGUACGUGAUUCCUCUUGUUACCGAACCAGAAAGCUAAAUGCUGCGUGUCACUUUCUAACCUUAAAACUGGAUCACUAAUGGACGCCGUCAGAAGUAUUCUCCGUAAACAACCCAAAUGUGGGACUCUCUGUUAGUUCCGAUUUGUGUCUUUUAUCCAGCUGUUACAAUGUUUAAUCGAGAUCAAAGUAUCUUUGUAUUAUUCUUAUUUAGCUCUAUAACCUUAGAUUUACUUUGCUAUAAGAACAUUUUCAGAACAAACACAAGGAAGUGGUAUGUAUUUAACCCAUUAAAUGCCUGUCGGGGUUAUUUACUGAACGGAGUGAAUCCUUUCAUUUCCUUUAGUUGUGUGUGUGAAGCACUUUAGGAGGAUGUUCUGUUCUGUGGUUGGAACACAUGGUUACUAAUCAUGGAGCCGUAUUGACUUUAAUAAUCAUUGGGAAAUGGUUAUAAAUGGUAAUGGGAGACAUCAGCACAAUACGUUUUUAUUGAAAAUCGUUUGUCUGGAAAAAGCCCAACAGAAGAUUUUAUAAGGAUUUCACCAGGCCCCACCAAUUGGUGAGAUAUCGGUGCAAUGAGUAAUUUAGUGCAGCAGGAGACGCUAUAUGUGUAAAUCAAUACACACAACUGGUCCGCAUUCUUGGCAUUGAAAACCUUUUUAACUUCUUGAGGACUCGUGUCAUUACCUGACAGCAAACCAGUAAUCAUACUUUAUUAACAAUUGCAGGGCUGCCUAGAGCUGCAAAUGCAAAAUAAACUGAACCUUCAAUAGUUGCACUGGGGCUUAAAGGAAUACUCCAAGCACCAUAACUACUGCAGCAUGCUGUAGUGGUUAUGGUGCCAGGAUUGCACAAACAUCUCAGUGUAAUUAGUGAAGCCAUUUUAGAAUGGUUUGACUUCUUAUCUGCUCCCCGCCUCCUCUCAACUGUUGUAUGAGCUUCCCUACUUCUUAGCUAGGCCCAGUGAGCAUUAUCUGAGCUAAACUCGUCCGGACUUAGUUCGGACAGUGAGCUUUUGUUUAGACAUACCCACAAGUAAGCAGUUACAACUUCCUAAAACUGUUUGACUUCUUACGCUGGGGAACUUCAGAGCAAUCCUGGCACCAUAACUACCACAGCUCACUGCAGUGGUUACAAUACUUGAAGUGUUAAUUAAAUUCCAAAUACAGUUCUUUCAGAUAAUGGGAGCUUCUGCAUGAACGAUAGCUUUGCAAAUCAUUAUGGGAAAUGAAGCCGGCUAUCCCUUGCACAUGCAGUUGUAUCUGUGGAUGAUAAAUAUAUUGUAGCAAUUGAGUCAGUAUUUUGAUUGGAGUAUUUUUACAUUGACAUUCUGCAUUAGUUAAUAUUAAAUAAGGUUUGUUUGUUUUUAUUUUGCUAAAAUAUUAAAAUCAAUCAACAAAUUGUGCUAGCGUGAUCAUUAGCUUAAUGUAUAGAUUGCAUGAUAUAUGUGCAGUUACACCAGGAUGCUAGCCACAAUCCGGAAUUCAUCUCGGUUGGAGUGUUUUAUCAAUCACUAGAGCAGUAGAAGCUAAACUCUGCGCUGUCACUUUCAGGGAAGCCAUGGAAAGCUAUGUGGGAAUUUCAUUGAGAUGCCAUCAGAAUCAUUAGAACAAGGGACUUCAUUCUAUUAUGGGGGGUGUUUCUAUUUGUUAAUUAUUUUUAGAUGUGACCCAUGUCGCCAUUUCCCAUGAGCCAGUGAGAAUUUUACGCAAUUUAAAUUGUAAGACCAAAAUAGCAAAAUUGGGAAAAUUGUGUACUCGGCUUCUUUGGCCUAAAAUUUGAAAAUGACUUUGAAUUCUCACUUUGGUAAAAUAACCCUGUCAGUUUUUACCAUGUUACAUUUUUAGGUGACAGGCAGCACCUUAAGUUAUUUAAAUCUCAAAAUCAAGCCUCCCUAUGUUUCAUACCAGUUUGUCUUAUCUUACAUCUCCUACCUUAAUAAAUAAAGUAUUAUAUAAAUCCCCCCUCGUAUGUUCUGCGUGUCUUAGUGUGUAGGGGCCCAGUGCAUAUGGUCUGCAUGAGCCCCCUGAAUACAUAGUGUACACUCCAGCAAAAUCAAAUGUAGCCUGUGGAUUGCCAGGAGCAUGCUCAGUACCUGAAGGGUUAUCCAUGUCUAUUUAAACUGGCCGGUGCUACACCUUGUUCAUCAAAUGUUGAAUAAAAUCCAUUUUAUGCACUAUUUGUUUUCAAUGCUCCUUUUGCAUCGUUUGCAGCUCAGUGAGAUAAACACUGGAAGGUAUGCACUUUGGGAUUUUGUUCUGUUCUUUUCUUUAUCCUAAAGCUUGGACUUUAUUUAUCUGAAGGGUGUUUGUAUAUUUUGUAAAUUACUAAAACUGCGCUGCUGUCACGGUAAAAGCAAGUCAUUUUCCUGUACAAAUGUACUCUUUCCACUCUGUGUUGCAUGUCUGAGUAGUUCAGAUGUUUUGUAUAUUUAUUGUAUUAACACAGAGUGUGUCAUAGAAUAAAAUUAAUAUUUGCUGA